AUGGCUUUUAUGCUUACUGCUGUGGAUGCAGAUAUGCACACUGUAUCAUUCACAAACAAUUGUGGGUACGGAACACCUAAUUUAGUUGCAGAAAGUGGCACUCUUCUUUCGGACGGGGCACCCUUGACUAUGAAUGGCCCUCUGAUAGGAGCUGUCGCUUUUCUACAGACAGGUAACUGUGGUAAUGAUGGUGAGGAUUGUACAACUGUCAACAUAACGCUCGAAAAUGGAGAAAAUAGUUUUACUGUCAACCCGCCUUAUGGCUCUUCUAUCAGUGUUAAGUUCUACAAUGGUUGCGAUGGGCUAGGUGUAGACUGUGGCGUCUCCGGCUGCUCGGGUCCUCAGCCUUUGGGAGUUUCAUCAUUCGCCAACUGUACUGCACCUAACGUUGACCUAGAGAUCACCUUCUGCGAUUAG